GAGCAUAGUUAGAGAGCAGCUGCAGAAAUCUUAAGUGCUUCUGUUAAUUUUUUUUUCUCUGUAGUUUUGGAACUGCAAAGUCUCAGAAGAAAACUGGAGAGUGACACAGAACAGGGUGAUUCCUCAACUGUGUGCUCUUCGAAAAGAACUGCUUUUGGGGGGUGGAAAUGAUGACAGGAGCAAAAAGGAAAAGAAAUGCAGUCUGGAGGAAGAUUCAGGCUGUUCGCUUUGAAGAUAUCAAAGUCUGGUGUGUGAGUAGGCUGCCCAUCUUGACAUGGUUGCCCGUCUACAAUUGGAAGGAAGAUUUGAUUCCUGAUAUGGUUUCUGGGACAAUGCUAGCCAUCCAACAGGUGACUCAAGGCCUGGCUUUUGCGGUUCUGUCUUCAGUCCAUCCGGUUUUUGGUUUAUAUGGCUCUUUCUUCCCUGUCAUUAUUUAUGCCGUUUUUGGAAUGGGACGUCAUGUUGCAACAGGAACUUUUGCUUUAACUUCCUUAAUAUCUGCCAAUGCAGUUGAGCGUCUUGUUCCUUCAGUCAGCUCUAAUUUCACUGCAAACAAUAAUUCAGGAGUUUUGGGCCUAUCAGAGUUUGAAAUGCAGAGGAUUGGAGUCGCAGCAGCAGUUUCAUUUCUAGGAGGAAUCAUUCAGGUAGCAAUGUUUAUGCUGCAGUUGGGCAGUGCCACUUUCUUGUUAACAGAACCAGUGAUAAGCGCAAUGACAACAGGAGCAGCUACACAUGUUGUGACUUCACAAGUGAAGUAUCUCCUGGGAAUUAAAAUGCCAUAUAUAUCAGGACCACUGGGAUUUUUUCAUAUUUAUGCCUACAUAUUUGAGAAUAUUGGAUCAGUUCAGUUGGAGGCUUUACUUCUCUCGUUGCUGAGCAUUGUGGUGCUUGUUCUUGUUAAAGAACUUAACGAGAAAUUUCAGAGAAACAUUAAAGUUGUUCUUCCCAUCGAUCUCGUUUUGAUAAUUGCUACAUCCAUUGCCUGCUACUAUGCUGAUAUGGAAUACGUCUACAGGCUAGAAGUUGUGGGACACAUUCCUGAAGGGUUACCAUCACCGAAAACACCACCCAUGAAUGUCCUGCCUGAAGUAGUCACUGAAGCUUUUGGAGUAGCACUGGUUGGUUAUGUAGCGUCACUAGCGCUAGCUCAAGGCUCUGCCAAAAAGUUUAAAUACACUGUGGAUGACAACCAGGAGUUUUUGGCUCAUGGCCUCAGCAACGUCAUUCCUUCAUUUUUCUUUUGCAUACCAAGUGCUGCAGCGAUGGGACGGACAGCACUUUUAUACAGUACGGGCGCCAAAACACAGGUGGCUUGCCUUAUCUCUUGUGUGUUAAUUCUUGUGGUGAUCUAUGCAAUUGGACCUAUGCUGUACUGGCUGCCUAUGUGUGUGCUCGCAAGCAUUAUUGUUGUGGGCUUGAAGGGGAUGCUAAUGCAAUUCCGUGACUUAAAAAAGUAUUGGAAUGUGGAUAAAAUAGACUGG